ACUCAUUAAACAAAUUAGAUUUGUUCAUCGAUCACGUACGCCACCGGACAAAUUAAGAAGAACCGCCUAGCUAGCUCAUGAACAACAUAUAUAGCAAACUAGCUCAUCGGCGGAGGCCUGUCUGGCCGGCCGGCGACCGAAGAGACCCUGCGAGAUAUGGCAGAGGACGAUGGCAGCAAGUGCUCCGCCGACGUUCUCGCGGGGUCCUACUUCAUGGCCAGGUUGAUGGUCGUCCUCGGCCUCAUGGCCAGCGUCCUCGCCCUCUCCGGCCUUUUCCAUUCCGGGCUUCGACGCCUGGGCCAGCCAAGCAUCAUCUCGCACAUCCUGGCUGGCGUGGUGGUCGGCCCGACGGUGCUUGGUCGCAUGGUCAACCUCCGGCAGCUAGGCCUGGAGGACCCCGGCAUGGCGCUGGACGACGCCAUCUACUACCUCCGCGUCAUAUUCAUGUUCUUCACCGGGCUGGAGAUGGACUUGUGUUACCUGCGACGCUACUUGCGUGCCUCCCUCGUCCUUGCCUCCGGCGGCUCCGCGCUGUGCCUCCUGCUCGCCGCCGUCGCCGGCCCAUUCUUCUACGGCCUUCUCCACCCAGGGAAAAAGAACUUCUACCCAGACGGCAUCUAUGCUUCCACCGCUCUCUUCAUGCUCGUCCUCACCAGCACCGCCUCGCCCGUCCUCAUCCGCAUCGUCACGGAGCUCAAGCUCACCGGCUCCGAGACCGGCCAGCUCGCCAUCGGCACCGCCUUCGCCAAUGACAUAGCCAGCCUGGUUGUCGUUAGCAUCAUGGACGUCGACUGGACCACCUAUGACAAGGAUGGCAAGGCCAGGCCAGACGACCUUCUCGGGCAGCCGAUGGCAAAGCUCAUCAUCUUCCUCUUCCUGUCGCUCAACGUCUGGAUCGCCAUACGUAUGGUGGUGUGGCUGGUCAGGCUGCUCAACAGGGCCAAGAAGGGGCGGCAAUACGUCAGUAUGUACGUGCUAUGCGCGAUGCUCCUCUUCAUCGUCAACACCGCGCAGCGCCUCAACGUAUUCGGCUACAGCGCCUCCAUGACCGCGUUCCUCAUCGGUCUCGCCACCCCGCGAGACGGCCCUACGGCGCGCACCCUCAUCGAUCAGCUCACGUACCCUGUACACCAGAUUGUCAUGCCCCUCUGCUUUGGGGUCACCGGCGCCAGGCUCGACUUCACCAAGCUCGGCCGCUUCACCGCCACACAACUCAUUAUCGUGGUCGCCUUCACCACACUGCUCGGCACCACCGGGAGGGUGGCCGGCACGGUGGCAGCGGGGCGGAUGAUCGGCAUCCCUGCGAGGGAGACGCUCGUGCUCGGCUUACUGCUCAACGUCAAAGGCUACGCGGACAUCCUCGCCAUCAAGCUUGGCGACAAGGCCGGGAUUUGGGGCGACGCGGCGCAGAGCGUGCUUCUCUUGUCCUCCAUCAUCAACACCUUAAUGGCCGGGCCGGCGUCCGCCGCCAUCGUCCGCCAGCAGCGCCUGGCCUUCCAGUACCGCUCGCACUGCCUCCAGGACCUCAAGUUGGACGAGGAGCUUCGGGUCCUCGUUUGCGUCCACGGCGCCGGGAGCGUCCAUGCCAUGCUCACGCUGGCCGAGAUCUCCAAGGGAACCACGCCGGUGGCCAUAUACAUCCUUCACCUCAUCGAGCUCAUGACCGCGCACAAGUACGCCAUCACGCAUCUCUACCACCCCAAGGGCGGCGAUCGUGACGACAACGGCCGUUGGGGCCACACCCGGGAGAUCGACCAGGUGGUGGCCGCGGUCGACCGCUUCAUCAACGAUACCAUUGUCGCGGUGCGUCCGAUGACGGCCAUCUCCAACCUCGUCUCCAUGGACACGGACGUGUGCAAUGCCGUCGAGGACACGCGCGCGUCCCUUGUCAUCGUGCCGUUCCACAAGGAGCAGCGCUACGACAAGCGGAUGGUGUGCCGCCGCGAGGGCCGGCGGGAGCUCAACCAGAGAAUCCUGCAGAGAGCGCCAUGCACCGUCGGGGUGCUCGUCGAGCGCCGCCUCGGUACCAUAGCGAUAGCGGAGAGGCAGCCGACGGCCGAGGGCAACCAGCAGAGCGGGUCGGUAGACCCCGAAGCCAAAGGGUCAGCCCCAGCGCACGACGUGGUGGCUGUGUUCCUCGGCGGACCACACGACCGGGAGGCUGUGGCGUACGCGACGCGGCUGGCGGCUCACCCGUCGGUGAGCGUGACGGUGUCGAGGUUCCUUCCAGAGCGAGCGAGCAUGGACGCCACGGCCGAGGCGCGAUCAACGACGCCCAUGUCCACUACCAACGACUCGGGCGGCGAUGAUGACCACGUCACGUUGAUGGUGGAGGGCAAGGUGGACGAGGAAGGCAUGGCGGACGAGGAGUUCAUGGCGGAGUUUUACGCGAGGUUCGUGGAGCCUGGGCAUGUGUCUUACACGGAGAUGUACGUGAGAAACGGGGUGGGGGUGGUGGAAUCGCUCUGGUCCAUGGUCGGGAUGUACUCGUUGUUUAUCGUGGGCAAGGGUGGCGGCGGCGGCGGCGCGGCAGCGGAGAUGACCAAAGGCAUGGGAGGCUUAAACGAGGAAUGCCCGGAGCUGGGGCCAAUCGGGGACUUCCUGUCCUCGGACGACUUGCUCGGCUACGGCACAUCGGUGCUAGUGCUCCGGCACCACGACGUGGCAAAGAAGACGAGACAAACCCAAUGAUCGUCGCGCUCGCCAUAUCCAACCAGGAACGACGUCAUCAGAUAAUGGAAUAUACAGCAAUAGCACUGUACAGUGUAUUGUAUUUCGUGUAUACAUAAAUACUUGUAAUUAAAAAGAACUA